UUUGGUCACUCAAGUCAGGCAUCUCACUGUAUAUAAGACGUCUAGCUGGAGUCUGUGUUGUGACUUCCUUGCCUUUCUCACCACAGACUCUCCUCCUCGGAAUUUUGGCAUUAGUUUUGCAAAAUGAUGAGCAUGUCUCUGAUCUGGGGGAUUGUUACAGCCGUGUGCUGUUGUUUAUGGCUUAUUCUUGGCAUGAGGAGAAGGCAAGUGGGUGAACCGCCUCUGGAGAAUGGGUGGGUCCCGUACCUGGGCUGCGCGCUGCAGUUUGGGGCCAACCCCCUCGAGUUCCUCAGAGCCAAUCAGAGGAAACACGGUCACGUGUUCACCUGCAAACUCAUGGGAAACUACGUCCACUUCAUCACCAACCCCUUGUCGUACCACAAGGUGUUGUGCCAUGGAAAGUACUUAGACUGGAAAAAAUUUCACUUCACUGCUUCUGCAAAGGCAUUUGGGCACAGAAGCAUUGACCCGAGUGAUGGAAACACCACAGACAACAUAAGUAAAACCAUCAUCAAAACCCUGCAGGGCGAGGCCUUGGGCUCCCUCACAGAAACCAUGAUGGAGAACCUCCAGCUUGUCCUGAGAGCCCGGCUGGUCCCCGAACCCAAGGCGGCGGCCUGGGCGACGGAGGGGAUGUAUUCCUUCUGCUACCGAGUGAUGUUCGAAGCCGGGUAUUUCACACUCUUUGGCAGAGAUCUUACAGGGCAGGAUGCCCAAAAAGCACUUAUUCUAAAUACCCUCGACAACUUCAAGCAGUUUGACAAAAUCUUCCCGGCCCUGGUAGCAGGCUUCCCCAUUCACGUGUUCAAGACGGGACGCCACGCCCGGGAGAAACUGGCGGAGGGCUUGAGGCUGCAGAAACUCAGGAGGAGAGACCACAUCUCGGAACUGGUCAGGUUUCUGAAUGACAUGCUCUCCACCCGGGAUGACACGGAGAAGGCCAAGUCGCUCCUCGCUGUCCUCUGGGCAUCGCAAGCAAACACGAUUCCGGCGACCUUCUGGAGCUUAUUUCAGAUGAUUAGGAACCCUGAAGCCAUGAAAGCAGCUACUGAAGAAAUAAACAAGACACUAGAGAACGCUGAUCAAAAAGUUAGCGUAGAAGGCAAUCCGAUUUAUCUGAAUCAAGCACAGCUGGAUGCCAUGCCUGUGCUAGACAGUAUCAUCAAGGAGUCUCUGAGGCUUUCCAGUGCGUCUCUCAACAUCCGGACAGCUAAGGAAGGUUUCACUCUGCACCUCCAGGACGGUUCCUACAACAUCCGCAAAGAUGACAUCAUAGCUCUUUAUCCGCAGUUAAUGCAUUUAGAUCCAGAAAUCUACCCAGACCCUUUGACUUUUAAAUAUGAUCGCUAUCUUGAUGAAAACGGGAAGACAAAGACGGCCUUCUAUAGUAACGGACUCAAGUUAAAAUACUACUAUAUGCCCUUUGGGUCAGGGGCUACAAUAUGUCCUGGAAGAUUAUUUGCUGUCCAGGAAAUCAAGCAAUUUUUGAUUCUGAUGCUUUCCUAUUUUGAACUGGAGCUUGUGGAGAGCCAAGUCAAAUGUCCCCCUUUGGACCAGUCCCGUGCCGGCUUGGGCAUUUUGCCACCAUUAAAUGACAUUGAGUUUAAAUAUAAACUCAAGCAGCUGUGACUGCGUGGUUGGAAGAAGAGGACACCUGAUGAUGUAACAAGAUGGAGAAUGCCGUCACUCAUCUGUCCCUCCGGACAGUGGCGUUUAGCGGGGGUGGACGGGAUGCAGCAGGUGCAGUUCUGUUCACCAACACUCGCGUGUGACUCUUAACAUUUUGGUGAUGGUUUCCAGAUGCUAUUUCAGGAUGUGCAAGUGAAAACAACUACUUUCCAGAAGCAUGAUAAUUUGUUUUUAUUUGAAUAAGGUAGUGAAUGUUCAUUGAGCCAGGGACCGAACUUCAUUAUUUUCAGAGG